AUGUCUACAUACGAGGAUGGUCUCGAGUACGACAUCAUCUUUGCUGGAGGAGGAACAUCUGCCUGUGUAGCUGCAGGUCGUCUCGCUAAAGCAGGUCCCAACCUUACUAUCCUUAUAAUUGAACGCGGCAGGAACAACCUCAACGACCCAAUUAUUACCAAUCCUAACGCUAUCUUCUACCAGGCAGAAAGCGAGCCAGCACUCAAUGGCCAAGCACGUAUCGUUGCGGCCGGAGGCGUGCUCGGAGGUGGUAGCUCCAUUAACGCCAUGAUGUAUGCACGUGCCCAAGGUGUUGAUUUUGAUAGCUUCAGGACCGAUGGCUGGGAUAGCAAGAACUUAGUGGAAUACGUAAAGAAGCUAGAGACAGUUCACCUUGAUGAUCAACUUCUUGAGAAAUCCACACACGGCUUCUCUGGUCCUGUGAACGUUACCUUCGGCACUCAUGCACCUAAAGGCCCCCAGGAUGACUUUCUAGUCGCCGCGGAGUCAUAUGGAAUCCCUGAGAUUCACGACUUACAGGACUUCAAGGCGAUUGGUGGUUUCAAUCGAAGUGCAAAGUUUAUAGGACUGGAUGGGAAAAGGCAAGACGCGGUGCAUUGCUAUGUGAAUCCUCUAAUGGCCGAUGGCAACCACCAGAAUCUCCACACCCUCGCCGAGAGCAAGGUCAGCCGUGUUAUAUUUGAAGGCAAUCAUGCAUUUGGUGUUGAGUAUAAGCCCGAGAAGACCUUUCUUCAGCAGGGGACUAGCCUCACUAAAGGGAUCGCAAAGACAAUUAAGGCUAGGAAGCUAGUAGUCGUUUCUGCGGGCGCUCUCGGGACACCAUCUAUUCUAGAGCGAUCUGGUGUCGGGAACAAGGAGCUUCAAGCUGGGGUGGAUAUCCUACUCGUUUCCAAUCUUCCAGGUGUAGGUGAAAAUUAUCAAGACCAUCACUUCCUCUUACCCACGUAUAAAACGAGCCUCGGAGCCGACGAAACCUUGGAUGGCCUCAUUACCGGCCGCCGAGACUUUGUCAAAGCUCUCGGGGAACGAGAUUCUAUUCUGGGCUGGAACGGAAUUGAUAUCGGAGGCAAAUUGCGGAUGACUAACGAAGAAGUAGCCACCCUAGGCCCAGAAUUCAAGACGAUGUGGGACAAAGACUUUGCAAACUGUCCGAAAAGGCCGAUCAUGCUGAUGGGCGUGAUUGCUGGCUUGAUGGGCGACCAUAAGAUGCUGGAUGAAGGACCAGAUGGCGUCCAACAGUAUGUCACUAUGGCAUCGUAUACGCCUUAUCCCUACCCCCUUUGGGCGUACAAGAAGGGUCGUGAUAUUUAUCGGCGUACCAACGCCUUCGAGGGGGAGGUGGCCACAGGGCAUCCCAAGUUUCGCGAAGGCAGCCGGGCUGCAUUGUCAGAAGGUCCGUUGAAGACGAGUGGCUUUUGUAGUGUCAAGGAUCGCAGCAGGAUUCCCCCAGUUGAAUACGAUGAGGAGGACAAUCGAGCAAUCGAGGACUUUGUUCGUGCAAAUGUGCAGACGACGUGGCAUUCACUUGGAACGUGUAAGAUGGCGCCAAGAGAUGAAGGUGGGGUUGUGGAUAAGUAUCUAAAUGUGUAUGGGACACGGGGAUUAAAGUGUGCGGAUUUAUCCAUUAUUCCUGAGAAUAUCGGUGCGAACACUAACAACAUGGCUCUCAUUGUGGGCGAGAAGGCCGCCGAUAUCAUUGGCAAAGUGUUUGGUCUUGUCGUUUGACUUUUGGAGGCUUGAUAGAAA